UCUCCGCCUGUCUGCCCUCCUGCUCCUCAGCCCAGUACAGUACACACUAGUCCUCUCACAGUGGCAGCAGCCAACACAAGUGUGUUCAGCCUCUCCUCGUAGCUCCAGUUUCAGCGCUGUACAAACGAGCCAUUUAUCAUCAAUCAUGGCCGCCGGAGUACAAAUUUAACUCCCGUUUCCCCCCCUUGUCCGUCUGAAGGGGAGGAUUUUUGUUUGUUUGUUUGUUUGAGGAGACAACAUAUUAGUCCCACACUGAUUUGGAUUUCCUCUUGGAAUUACAAUACUUCUCGGGAGGGAGAUACCAUUCAUGUCAAUACUCCAAAAUGCAGCCGCCGCCGAGGAAGGUCAAAGUGACACAGGAGCUGAAAAACACACACACAGAGCAGAUGACAAGACUGCACUUUAAACACCAGACCGAAUGUGACCUGCUGGAAGACAUGAGGACCUACAGUCUGAAGAAGGGACAGCUGGAGAGGGACUAUGCACAGGCUCUGCAGAAGUUAGCGAGCCAGUACCUGAAGAGAGACUGGCCUGCAAUCAACCCUGAUGACCAGAGAACAGACUACAGGAAUGUGUAUGCAGUUUGGAGGUCCUACUUAGAAGGUACAGUGCAGGUGAGCCAGUCAAGGCUCAACGUGUGUGACAACUACAAAAGUCAAGUGUCAGAGCCUGCUAAGACUGUCAGACUCUACAAGGAGCAGCAACUCAAAAAGACCAUAGAUCAGUUGAGUGGAAUUCAAGCAGAGCUGCAGGAGUCAGUGAAGGAGUUGGCCAAGGCCAAGAAAAAAUACUACGACUGUGAGCAGGUUGCCCACGCUGUACGAGAGAAGGCUGACAUAGAGGCCAAGUCCUAAACUGGGUCUUUUUCAGGUCAAAGAAUUAGUUUACAGAAAGCAAGUGUUAAGUUGAAAGCUAGGAGAAGUGACUGUAACUCCAAGGCGACACACGCUAGGAAUGACUACCUGCUAACGCUAGCUGCUGCCAACGCUCACCAUGACCGCUACUACCAUACAGAUCUACUGCACUGCAUACAGACCUUGGAUGGCAGGAUCUAUGAGCAUGUGAAAGACUACCUGGUGGAACUGAGUCGCACUGAGCUAGAGGCCUCCACAGCCACACACAACACCUUCCAGUUCUUGUUGGACAAAUCCACAAGGAUAAUACAAGAAUACAACCAGCAGUUGUUCAUGCAGGAGAAUCCAGUGUUUCACAAAGCACACGACUUCCAGUUCCAGCCCAGCGACUGUGACACGAGUCGUCAGCUGGAGUCGGAGACGGGGACAACGGAGGAGCACAGUCUGAACAAGGAGGCCAGGAAAUGGGCCACACGAGUGGCCAGAGAACACAAGAACAUCAUACAUUACAAGAGAUGUCUGGAGGAGUGUGAGGGUCAUGGCUUGCCCCCUACAGACCAGGGCAGACUAGAUCUGGAGAUGAAGAUAGAAGACACCAAAGAAAACAUACGCAAAGCUGAGACAAUAAGGUUAAAAGCUGAGGCUCGGUUGGACCUUCUGCGGCAAGUGGGGGUUGCUGUGGAUACCUGGCUGAAGAGCGCCAUGAACCAGGUGAUGGAGGAGCUGGAGAAUGAACGUUGGGCCAGCUACACUUCCCACGACCCCUCACUGUCGGGCAUUGUGGAUUUGGAACGUGAGGAGGGGGAGGAGUGUGAAGAGAACAUGGAGGUUUUUGACGACAGCAGCUCCAGUCCGUCGGGAACCCUCCGAAACUACCCUCUAACCUGCAAAGUCCUGUACUCGUACAAGGCCUCUCAGCCGGAUGAGUUAACUAUUGAUGAACAGGAGAUGUUGGAGGUUAUUGAAGAUGGAGACAUGGAGGACUGGGUCAAGGCUCGCAAUAAGUCAGGUAAUGUGGGCUAUGUCCCAGAGAAAUACCUGCAGUUCCCGACCUCCAACAGUCUGCUGAGCAUGCUCCAGUCUCUGGCUACACUCGAUGCUCGAUCACACACCUCGUCCAAUUCCACUGAGCCGGAGCUGCACUCCGGCUGCAUCAAUGGGGACACAAACAUGAUAUUUGUCCGUGCACUUUAUGAUUAUGAGGGCCAGGCGGAUGAGGAACUCUCCUUUUCCGAGGGAGCGGUGAUCCGCCUCUUGAGCCGCGACACUCAGACAGAUGACGGCUUCUGGGAGGGGGAGCUCAACGGACGGGUGGGCGUCUUCCCCUCCGUGCUGGUAGAAGAUCUCACUGAGAAUGGGGAAACCAGUGGAGGAGGGCCUGGUGACAUACAGAUUUCUCUGAAGUUGCCGUGUUCUCUGCCACAUCUCCCGCUGUAUGAACAACCUCCCAUCAGCCCUUUCACCAGCCCUGAGACCUCAACCCCGCCUCCUCUCCCACGCUCACCCUCCGCCGCACUUAAUGGGGAGCACAAGCCUCCACCGCCCGCCUCUUCACACAAGGGACCGCUACCCACUCACAAUCAAAGCUCUGGCAAGAGUCCAGUGUCUCCAGGAUUUCCUCAACCACUGCGAUUCACCCCUGAAGGAGGCCCGGGCAAACUAAGACCUGUGCGAGCUGCUCCUCCUCCACCCAAACAGCACCCCCGCCGAUCGCAGGAGAAGAGCGACAAAACGGAGGAGGUGGAGAUCACACUGGUGUGACAGACAGACAAGCUGGAGGCAGUUAUAGAGACAAAAAAAAACUAAACAGAUUACAGACUGAACUGCUCUGAACUGAAGUCAGCUGAAACAAAGGGAUGUGAAAUAAACCGAACUGAACCAUGGCCUCUCCACGUCUUUUCUCUUCCUCAAGUUGAGGAGGAGAGCAAGGAGAGGGGAUGAAGGCAGUGUAUCCAAUUGAAUAAUCUCCGUAUUAGCUUCCUGAUGAAGUGCAGCAGUAGCCGCCCCCGCGUCCCUCUCUGCCCUCAACCCGUCCUUCCAUUCUUGCCUUAAAACUUUACCUCAUCGGGCAGAAAACCAGAGCAUACUGAAGAGGAGGAAGAAUGUUAAGAGGGGGAGAGCAUGAGGGAAAUUUAAUGAUGGGUUUGGCAAGUUUUCUUUUAUCUUAACGCCUACUUCAAGUUAUAGUAAAGCAAUUUAUCCCUCUGUACAGAAAGACCACGUUCUACAUUUGAGAAAUUCCACUGUUAACAAAUGAUAAAGAAACGUGUAAAAAGUUAUGGAGCCCUGAAACCAACAAAAUGUAGUAAAGAGCUAUACUACAUGUAUAUAGGACAAGUCUAAAAUGCAAUACAUAAUAAAAUGUGCACAGCGCUAUACACUAAUUAUUUAUUUUAUUUUCUCCAUGCAACAAAUGUUUUUCAUCAAAUUUUCCUGAUACAUAAAACAUUUAAGAAUGAGUUAAAAUGCUUAUAUUUUGAUCAAAGAAGAGUGCUGUGUGGCUCGUUAGUUUCACUGACAACACUCAGCAUGAUCCUUUUCAACUAGCUACUUUUUUGAAGCUGACUGCCUUAAACUACAGCAGCCAGUGCAUCUCAUGUUAAUCAUCCCUGUGACAGUACUGCAUACUGCUGUAAUAUCACCGUGUAAACUCUUAUGUCACUCUAAACUCUGCAUUUUAGCCAAACACUAACAAAGCUAGCUAGCUAGAACUUGGAACUUGUUAAUUUGACAUUUUGAGAAAAGACAUAAAAACCACACACAUCUACAAAAUGUUGAGUAUGACAGAAUAAAGACCAAGAUUUAUUUCCACUGCGGUCGUAAAUAAAGAAAGCAGAGAUACAUUUAAAGGUGAACAUGUAAUGAAGAUGGAAGCAUGUCUUUAUAGUCUGAACUUCCAAGUAGUGUAGCAAGUAGCUUGCUGGCUAAAAUGCUAAAGCUCCAAUUACAAGACUUCAUACAUUGAGGGUACAGAAGGAGCCUUUGUGUCACAGUGUAUUGGUGGUCUAGAUUUGGAGCAGCUGGUGUAUUUUCAUGGCAAAAGCCAGCUUCAGCUUGGUAGCUAGUAAAAAAAAGGCUUUUGCUCCGUUUAACCCCACGUUUAGGUAACGUUAGCCACAUAGUUCUAUGUGGGAAAAAAAUGUGGUUUAUUUAAAUACGUUUUGGACUUAUCUGACGUCUUUUACUAUAGUUUGAAUGUCGGGGCUCCAUAAAAAGUAAGCUUGAUGAGUUUCAAUAAGUAUAAAACUUGCCAAACACGUCAGGAUUUUGAUUGCAGUUGAGGUUAAAGUAAAUGGACAGAGAAACUGGGUGGUGUGUGGACGCAGUGUCCCCCCCUCUCCAGCCCUUCCCUCGCCAUAUAUAAACUCCUUAUCGUCAAACGUAUUCAAUGUGUAUUAGUACAGUACAUUACUGUUGUCAUAGGAAUGUUAUGCACAGAGUUUCAUAUAGCCUAACUCAGCUGAUUGGAAUACCAUGUCUGAUAUGUAGUGGAAGUUUUAUCCUCAUCGUAUACUGAAAGGGCAUUGUAAAUACAGUAUUACGGAGAGAUGGAAGAAGAGAAGGGAAGGAGGGGAUGAAAGAGAGAAAAUGGAGGCUGGAUCCUCCUUUCUGCUCUUUUCUCCACCUCUUGCCACUGUUCCUUUUAUACUCUCCCUCUUUUCUCCAAUGUCUGAUUUGUCCAUUGGCAGUCAGUCUGAAUCGAUGGCUGUCAUAUCCACACAUUCAGUUACAUUAUAUUACGCACACAUUACAAUAUCUUUUCCAUAUUUGUCACCCGCUGUGUGCUUGUCUCACUUAUCGGUCAAAGAGGACACAGAUGGCCGUUCAAGGGCACUGACAUUGUUGGUAUUCACUAUGUGGUGACAACAAAGAUUUUAUUUGAGAUAAUAUCGACACUCAGAAUUUUUGGGGGUCAGGAGUUGUAUUAUUAACUGUAUAGCUUUUAUCCCUGAAGACCAUAUCUCCUCUCACGUUGAUUUUGAUCAUUUUGAUCAGUUCACCUUUGAUUUUGAUCCUUGUUUAGUUGACAAACAUUACAUUUGCAGGUAUUAUUUUUCUCUGUUUGGCCAUGCAACUCACAUGACUUAGUGAGUCUGUUUUUUGCUCUUUUUUUUAAUACAGAAGAGAAAACAACCUUUUUAUGUUUCCAAUUUGACAUUAUCCUUAUGUUUACCUUUGAUUAAUGGUGGUGGAAAACGGAAAACACAAGAUCUAUACAUCUAUACAACAAAUACAUCAUCCUAAAUGGACAGAACUAGCAAAUGACAUUCAAAUGGAGCUAAGUACGAUUCUGUAGUGGUUUUUUAUUCAAAGUAAAUAAAUCCCCCCUCCCCUCUAUACCCCCCAAGUACCCUUCAAGCCUUUAAAACUCUUUGCCUAAAGGGCAGCGUAGCACUUUUAUUUAUUUGUACCUUCCCUGACAAGUAGCAGUACUUUAACAUAGCAUCAGAAUGGAUAGAAAAGGCUGAUGAACUGCAGUUUAAUUCAGAAAUCAGAGUUAUUCUUUUCAUUCUGAUUCUGUAGUGAAUCCUCUUUAUUUCAGUGUGACUGAUGAUUUAGUCUUUUUUAUGCGCUACUCUUUCAAAGAGAUGAAGAGAUACUUUUGGACAAUUAAAUGUGUAAAAGGUGUUUUUUUUCUAAAAUUAUUUAAAAAAAACAAAAACAUGAUCAAAGAAGGAAUGUUUUGAAUGAAGACUUGGAGAGAAUGUGGUUUGAUGGUCUUGAGAUGGGCCCAGCUGUUUGUAUGCUUGACUGUUUGAAGAGGAUCAGAUCUGUGUUUGACUCUGAAGAUGGAAACAUGUGUCCCAGUUGCUUCCUCCUUAUUUAUUGUAAACCAGGAUUUGAUUUGAAUGAAAACAUUUCAAAAUAAAGUACACCCAAAUAUAUCAAUCAGGAUUUUGGAUUAGCUUGAUGAUGAUAGCUUUUUUUGUAUGUGGUGUUGAUGGACAAUAUUGGUCCAAAAUGCAACAGAUAAGAAAAGAGGGAGCUCCUCACAGCUGGAAACAAUGAAAUGUAAUUGAAACCUGUUGGGAUGCAGCAAUAGAAAUGGUGAGGAUUGUGUGUUUCUUCCACUUUGUUUAGAACAUUAUACAUUAUGCUCCAAAGUUGCAGUAUCGUAGCACAUUGACUGUUGGUACGCAACUGUAAUGUAUCUUAAUUUCUUCUGAAUCAGUAUGAGGUAUGGAGACUGGUGUAGAGCACGUUCUCUUUAGUAUUAGUGUGUGGAGUCGGGGCACAGCUUCAGGCUUCAUUUAAGAAGAGAAACAAUGUGAUGUGUUUCCUCUUCGCCAAGUGGAGGUGAGCUAUGUCAGAGAAAAGUGAUGCAAGAAAUGAAGACGAUCCAAAUUUUUUCCCCAUGAGCAUUUAGAAUCAACAUUUUGUGUCUCGUCCACGCCUGACAAAGUUAAGCAUACUGUAACCAGUAAUGCACCUCUGCCCGCCUGCUGCUGUAGGAGAUGGCAUCGACUUGUGACUGUGUGGUCAAGGCGACUUGAGCACCAGCGCUCCUUUAGCUCUCUGAGCUCUCAUUUGAAAGGGUUUUCAAACUUAUUCUGAAGUUUAUAGCGUCCCAUAGCACUUCCCACCAUUAAUGCCCAAUCAGUCUUUCUAUGAAAUAUAAAAUGUAUUACUUUUUUUGUUGUCAGUUGCCACUGAACAUGAUUAUUUCCCCCCAUUUUAGCACUCCCUCUGGUCGCUACAGUGUUGAAUUAUUUGGUAUGAGCCUGUUUUGGGGUUUUAUGUAUUAUAUAAUUCUUUUAUUUUUCAUCCUUCGAUUUCAAGCAGCAACACAGCUGCUGCUAUUAGCGAUGUGGUGGAACAACUGGCCUUUGUCUCUUCACAGACUGUUGCCAUGGUGACAAUAAUGAGAACAGGUGCAAAAGUCUUUCUGCAUAUUAUUAUUGGCUGUACAAAAAAAACAAAGUUUGUAUUUAUUGUGUACAAAUGUUGA